GGGUUGUUCGCUCGCUGGCUUGGAGGAGGUGAGGUGGGGACAAAAUAUCCACACAAGAAAAAGUGCCUGAAACGGCACCCCCUCCACCACCAGCACCUCUAGCCCUGGCGCGGCUAGCGUUAGGCGUAUGCCUUAUCAAAGUGACGACGUGAACGAACCGUCUUUUUUUUUUCACCUCCUCGUACAACCUCCGAGAGCCAGCGAUGUGAAAUUUUAGGAGUGCACGCAGGAUAGCGCUUGCCAGAAAUGCGGUGUGUCGGCGUGGAGGGUCGUAGUAGUACUACUGCCGCGGUGGACUCUUGAUGUGGACGUUUAUUCGGAUGAGGGGUCCGCUAUGCUCUGGCAUCUCCUCCAAGCGCUCGUCUGGCUGCAAGUAGCGUCCGCGGUCCUGCCCACCGAAGACCCGCCAAGCAUCGUCAUCUUUCCUCGGGAUCAGACGGUGGUGACCGGACGGGUGGCGGUGUUUGUCUGCACGGCUGUUGGCAACCCGCGCCCACAGAUCGAAUGGCGCAAAAACGGCAAACGCGUCUCCACCAACCGCUACACGGUGACCGAGAUGACGGGCGGGUCGGUGCUUCGCAUCGACCCUGUCCGCGCCGGAAAGGACAAUGCCACGUACGAGUGCCUCGCUGAAAAUGGUGUUGGCGAGCCCGUUAGGGCUCAGUUCACGCUCACUGUGCUUGAAGAGAACCAGAUCCCACCAGGCUUCCCGCACUUCAAGCUGCUGCCCAACCUUCAAGGCGUGGAGCGCAACCGCAGCGCGCUGCUUCCCUGCAAAGCCGAGGGAGACCCCGAACCCAAGCUGUCCUGGCUACGAAAUGACAUCCCUGUUGACAUGUCCAAUCCACGCUACUCCCUCGCAGCUGCUGGUUCCCUACAGAUUUUUGAUGCCCAAGAGGAAGAUCAGGGCAACUACGAAUGCAUUGCAGAGAACAGCGUUGGCACUGCCAUCUCGCCCAUGGCAACCCUCUUCGUUCGUGUGCGGCGAGUUCCACCAUACUUCUCGAUCCCUCCGGAGUCGACUUAUGAAGUGUCACCGGGCGCCACGCUGAACCUGACGUGCGUGGCCGUGGGAUCCCCCAUGCCGUUUGUGCGUUGGCGCAAGGGUUCCGUUGACCUGACCUCCGACAGCGAGGUCCCCGUGGGCCGCAACGUCCUGGUGCUAGAAAACAUUCGCGAGUCGGCCAAUUACACCUGUGUGGCUGGCUCCACACUCGGCAGCAUUGAACAUGUCUCGCAAGUGCUCGUCCAAGCACUGCCCCGGCCACCUACCAACCUGGCCGUCUCCGACGUGACCGCCACUUCAGUGCGGCUGUCGUGGUCAUACGAGGGCAGCGGCUCGGACAACAUUCGCUAUUACGUGGUGCAAUACAAGCCACGUCAAGCCAAUCGCGAGUACAGCGAGACGAGUGGCAUCACCAUGCCGUAUCACCACGUCAGGGACCUCAGUCCCUACACGGAGUACGAGUUCUACGUCAUCGCCGUCAACGACCUGGGUCGGGGCUCCCCCACCGUACCCGUCACCGUCACGACGGGGGAAACAGAGCCCGGCAGCGCGCCUCGAAACUUACAAGCACGAACCUUGAGCUCAAGUACUGUGGUCGUUCAGUGGGACCCUCCUAAGGAGCCAAAUGGCCAGGUCAUGGGCUACAAUGUGUACUACACGACUCAGCCUAGCAUCCCGACGCAGUCAUGGAAUGCACAAACAGUUGACAACAACCAGUUGACAACCAUCAGCAAUCUGACCCCACAGACCAUCUACACUAUACGGGUGCAGGCCUUCACCAGCCGUGGCCCAGGUCCCUUCUCGUCGCCCGUGCAAGUCAAGACCCAGCAGGGCGUGCCAAGCCAGCCACGGAACCUGAAGGCGGUGGCAGUGUCCCCGACGGCCAUCCAGCUAAACUGGACGCGUCCCCUGGACCCGGCCGAGAUGGUGGUGGGCUACGAGCUCUACUGGAACGACACGUUCACUCAGCAGCAGGAACAGCGCUCCCUGCCCGACGGCCAGAACUUCCUCCUCGAGGGGCUCUACCCGGACACCGUGUACUACAUCUGGCUGGCGGCCCGCUCGGGCACGGGCGAGGGCGCUGCCACACCACCCCUGCCUGUGCGGACGGACCAGUACGUUCCGGGUGCGCCGCCGCAGCAGGUACGCGGCGUUGCUCUCGAUUCGCGCUCGUUGCGCAUCAGCUGGGAGCCACCGCCACGCGAACUGCACAACGGCGCCAUCACGUACUACAAGGUGAAGUACAUCCGCGCCGACGCGGCCCCGGGGGCGGCGCCCUACGAGGCGCUCAAGGGGCCCGCCGAGCUGUCGCACAGCAUCACGGGACUGGACAAGUGGACCCCCUACCGCGUCUGGGUGCUCGCCGGCACAUCUGUCGGCGAUGGCCCCGCCUCCCCGCAGGUUCUCGUGCGCACCGAUGAGGACGUUCCUGGAGAGCCACGGACGGUGAAAGUGACCGCGCUGAAUAGCACGGCACUGGCCGUCUCAUGGAAGCCACCGUCCAACCGGGAUCGAAAUGGGCUCAUCCGCGGCUACCAGAUUCACGUGCAGGAGAUGAACCGUCACGGGGACCUCAUCAAUGAGCCCCUGCGAUAUGACGUCGCCGACGAGACUGCCGAGGAGUACAACGUGACGGGCCUGCAGCCUGACACCGAGUACUCUGUCCAAGUGGCUGCUGUCACACGGAAGGGCGAUGGCUCACGUAGCCGUCCCAAGAUGGCCCGUACUCACGGCGGAGUCCCUACUCGCCCGGAGCUUACAGCCCGAAUCCACACGGAGGACCAACGCCUUCGUGUUGAGCUCCACUGGUCUCGGCCGAACCACACCUAUGGAGAACUGCUUCAGUACAGGCUGCGUUAUGGUCGCAUGGAUGGGGGUGCUCUGGAAGAACGCGAGAUUGAGCCCAUGGACCAACACAUCACCGUUGAGAACCUUGCACGAGGGGCAAGGUACGAGUUUCGCCUUUCAGGCAGGAACUUGCUCGGAUGGGGACAAGAAGCCAUCACGUUUGUCAGCACACCAGAAGGAGAGCCCACGUCACCCCCGCAGAAUGUGACCUUCCGACUGCAAAGCCCCACCACCGUGGUGUUCACAUGGGAGCCCCCCAGCCCCCUGCAUCGCAACGGUCACAUCACCCACUACAGCGUCCAGUUCCGACGACGGUCAUCGGAUUUCAGCGCCGAUGAUCGGAACACUUCCCACACUCGGGUUGUGUUCAGCUCCCUCGACGAGAAGACGGACUACUUCAUGCGUGUGCGUGCCUGCACGGCCAAAGGCUGCGGACCCUGGGGCGAAAACCUGACGGCUAGCACUCCGGGCGACAUUCCGUCGGCUCCAACCAACGUCCAGGCCGUGGCCACUUCUGACCAGUCAGUCGAGGUCUGGUGGGACGAGAUGCCCUACUUCAGAGAUAUCCUUGGCUAUCAGGUGCUGUAUGCUCAGACGGCCGUGGAAGACCUGGAUCAGUGGGCGGUGAAGAAAGUGCCGCUCACGUGGUCAGCCGAGCUGACAAGCCUUGAAAGCCACACAGUUUACGCCAUAAGAGUGGCCGCCUACACACGGGAAUCCCUGGGCAAGCUUUCUGACCUGGUGACCGUGAAAGUCACACCCACAGAUGUUCCAACGCAGCUGCGAGCGUACGGCGUGACCACCCAUGGCAUGAUUUUGUCUUGGCGACCUCCUACACGUCUGGACUACAUCAAGUUUAACAUCUCAUACAGCGCACACAAGGAGUUCUAUGAUAGCCGAGGCAGCCCGCAGGAGCUUCCGAUCCCGCCGCAGAGCGUACUUUUGGACGUUGGCACGACAAAUUACACCAUAGAGAACCUGAUCCCAUUCACAAGCUACAAGGUCAACCUGACGGCCGUGCCACGGGACGGGUCGUACCGGCCACCUGCCAAGAUUAUGGUCACCACAGCCAUGGCCGCUCCAAAACCAAUGGUGAAGCCGGAUGCUCUGUGGCCAAUCAGCAAUGGGGACGAGAUCACCGUUAUUCUGCCCAAAGCCUCGGAAGAGUAUGGUCCCAUCAAACAGUACUACCUUGUCGUCGUCCCUUCAGAGUUUGCCACCAAGGAGCCGGACGAUUACAAGAUAGAAGAGUUGAUGUCUACACCUUUGGACGAAGAUGGUCCCUACAUAGCGGCAGCGUUCGUUCGCCAGAACAUGCCCGAACGGUUUGUUCUGGGAGACAUGAAAGUGAACGGUGGUUUCCGAAACCGCAAGCUACAACCGUACCGGCGGUACCGAAUUUUCGUACGAGCCGUUGUGGACACUCUGCAAAAGAACCUGUUCACAACAAGCCCAUUCUCGGACGAGCUGAGCCUGGAGAUGCUGCCCCAGGUUCGGCUUCCCUCGGCCGAUGACGUGCCCAACGUGUCACACAUCGAGCGUGCCCGCACCGACGUGGGCUGGAUCGUCGGCCCCGUGCUGCUCAUUGUCUUCAUGGCCCUCUUCCUCACGCUCUUUUUCAUCCUCAUGAAAAGGAGACGACAGCAGGCCAAGGCGCCUGCGGGGGAGACGACCAUGAAGCUGCUGAUGAACUCGGGGGACCUGGCAUCCUCCCACCCCGGCGGAGUCGGGGGAGCGGGUGCGGACCCCGUGGAGCUGCGGCGCCUCAACUACCAGACGCCCGCGAUGGUCGGCCACCCGCCCAUUCCUGUGAGCCAGCUGGCGGGGCACAUCGAGACACUGAAGGCAAACGACAACCUGCGCUUCUCCCAGGAGUAUGAGUCUAUCGACCCGGGCCAGCAGUUUACCUGGGAGCACUCGAACCUGGAGUCGAACAAGCCGAAGAACCGGUACGCCAAUGUGGUCGCCUACGACCACAGCCGCGUGGUGCUGCAGCCCAUCGACGGCAUCCCCGGCUCGGACUACAUCAACGCAAACUACUGCGACGGUUACCGCCGCCGCAACGCCUACAUUGCCACCCAGGGCCCGCUGCCCGAGACCUGCAGUGACUUCUGGCGCAUGGUCUGGGAGCAGCACAGUGUCACCAUAGUCAUGAUGACCAAGCUGGAGGAACGAACGAGGGUCAAGUGUGACCAGUACUGGCCGUCUAGAGGUUCUGAAACCUAUGGCCUCAUGGAAGUGACCCUAGAGGAUGUUCAGGAGCUGGCAACAUACUGUAUUCGGACAUUCAGCCUAAAAAGAUCCGGUUACCUCGAGCGCCGUGAAGUGCGGCAGUUCCAGUUUACGGCGUGGCCCGACCACGGCGUUCCCGACCACCCAACACCGUUCCUCAUGUUCCUGAAGCGCGUGAGGACGAUGAACCCGCCAGAGGCUGGUCCCCUCAUCGUUCAUUGCAGUGCCGGUGUUGGCCGGACGGGCUGCUUCGUGGUGAUCGACUCGAUGCUGGAGCGUAUGCGGCACGAGGGCACAGUGGACAUCUACGGGCAUGUGACGUGCCUGCGAGCGCAGCGAAACUACAUGGUCCAGACGGAGGACCAGUACCUGUUCAUCCACGACGCGCUGCUGGAGGCCGUGCUGGCGGGCAACACGGAGGUUCCCGCCCGUGCCCUGGCGGCCCACCUCCAGUCCCUGCUGCAGCUGGUGCCCGGAGAGGCCUGCACGGGCAUGGAGCUCGAGUUUAAGAAGUUGGCCAACAUGAAGACGCAAGCCAACAAGUUUGUCAGUGCAAACCUCCCCGUGAACAAAUUCAAGAACCGGCUGAUGAACAUACUGCCUUAUGAAUCAACCCGGGUCUGUCUACAGCCUAUUAGGGGUGUGGACGGGUCAGAUUACAUCAAUGCAAGCUUCAUUGAUGGCUACCGGUACCGCAAUGCAUACAUAGCAACGCAGGGACCGAUGGCAGAGACCGCAGACGACUUCUGGCGGAUGGUCUGGGAACACAACUCCAACAUCGUUGUCAUGCUUACCAAGCUCAAGGAGAUGGGCCGGGAAAAGUGCCACCAGUACUGGCCGUCGGAGCACUCUCAACGGUAUCUCUACUACGUGGUUGACCCGAUAACAGAGUACAACAUGCCCCAGUACAUCCUGAGGGAGUUCAAAGUCACCGACGCCAAGGACGGCCAAUCGCGGACCAUCCGGCAAUUCCACUUCACCGACUGGCCCGAGCAGGGUGUUCCGAAGACAUCCGAGGGUUACCUCGAGUUCCUCGGCCAGGUGCACAAGACCAAGGAGCAGUUUGGACAGGAGGGACCGAUCACGGUGCAUUGCAGUGCGGGAGUUGGCAGGACGGGCGUGUUUAUCACGCUGAGCAUUGUACUGGAGCGCCUGCAAAGCGAGGGUGUCCUAGACAUAUUCCAGACAGUGCGUACGCUUCGCACCCAGCGCCCGGGCAUGGUCCAGAGUGAGGAUCAGUACCAGUUCUGCUACAGAGCUGCACUGGAGUACAUGAGCAGCUUUGACCACUAUGCAAAUUGAACCGGAGAGCCUUGCAAACAAGCUGAGCUCCUUGCGGAUUUCCAAGGCCCGCAUACCUAAAUGAUCCUCCCCAUGCUUUCCCGUGCACUCUCGGCACGUACUGCUGUGUGGACAAAAAAAGUGCGUGCUGGAUGUGCCGUGGAAAAGUGCUGGCGCAGUUAGGGGGGCAUGCCUCUUCACACCGCGCACACACUGAAUCAACACUUGCUCCCUUGCGAGAUUCUAGUUUUACGUUUAGUUUCCUUGUUGAAACGCCUCCGUUCAUGUUCCACUUGUUCCGCACAAAUUUCUGCUUCAUUCACACAGAAAUUGUGGAUUCCGCAUCGCUUCCACAUCAUUUCCGCAAGAAGAGUAUGGAAAACGUACACAUUGCUGGGAGGCAUACAAAAUGUUUCAAUGGGGUUUUGUUGACAAGCUCGUAUUUGGAUCUGUCCUGAAGCGAGGUGGAACGUGUUGCCUGGUGUGGUUUUUUGAGCAUACAUUUCGGUUUCAUGCCUGGGAAGCAUACGUGUCAUUCCUAAAUUCGAUAGUAUUUCAACUGCUGCCGUUCUUAGAGCACCCACUAGUACGAUCUCAUUUUUUUAAAGCCUGUCUUGCUGUCGUCGCACCCGUGCCCACACCCGAAAGGCACUAACAGAAUUGCUUAGCACGUGACAUUGGAUAUUCGCGACACCACUGUGUUCACUAUCAAAAGAAGCAUCAAGGGAAAGAGUGCCCCAGCACCGUCAGGUGUACUGCUGUGUCACAGGCUAAAGCAAAAGAGGGAAAAAAAUGUAUCCAAAAUGGUUGGAGAAGGCGGCAAUCUGUGAGUAAUAGAAGACGAGCAGUGUCGUCUGGCUUCCUAGUCACUCAGGUUAACCACUUUCUGCAUUUCAAGGGAAGAGGCUGGAAGAAACUGAGAGAUAACAGCCCUCCAGUAGGACUCGUCUUUCUCUCUUCAAUGCCCCUCUACAAAUGUUUUACACAGCGCUCAAGCUGGUCGGAGCAAGAUGGUGUGAGGGGGGCGCGGCCCAAAGCUGCUGGCGUGUUAUGGAAAAAAUGCGAGAGCCCCCCUCCUGACGUCCCUACCUCAAGGCAACGUCACCUUAAUUUGCAUCCUCUGCAAGCCAGUGCUUUUCUUUCUUCCUUUCUAUUUUUUCCUCCCCCCCCUCCCCUCCCUCCCUUGUUGCUCAGAUAUUCAUCAAGGCAAUAGCAGUGAGAUUUCGUCAGCAACCCCGUCAGCUAAGGUGCAGAAAAUAAGCGUUUUAGACUUCUGUUCAAGUUUGACCGUUCUUCUUCGCCUCCCUGCGUCUACUUCUUUCCGCAGCGUUCCUUCGGCAUCCACAUUGACGCCUUUAUUUUUAUCAGCACACGGUUCCUCCAUGUGGAGCCUGUGCAGCACAAACCGCACCCAUGCGGCAAGGCGCCAAGCUAAUAUAAUGUUCAAUAGGCUUUUUCUUUAACGUCGUCAUCUUUCAUUGUAUCAUACCGCAUCACACACUCACACUGGUAUAUGUUUAUAUUGUGUUGAGAGCGUGGGAGUGUCUCUCAGUAUGAUUUUCUGUACAUAGUCAUGUGCACCCAUGUCACGCGUGGUCAAGAACUGUUGCCGCGGGAAGGACGUUGCGGUUUUUUCGAUGGUGGAAACGAGAAUGGUCACGAGUUGACGAGCAUUCUGCAGACCCUGGAUCACUUGGCAGUGCAGGUUGACUUCCACGAAACAUUGAGGGUGGACAGAAAAUCGGUAAACAAAGGCCUGGAUUGUCGCGCAGUUCUAAACAAUAUUGAUCAGGGCACGCCGCUGCAGUGUCUGUUAGUAGAUGCGGCGCCGUCUGUUGAAAGUAUAAUUUUGAAAAAGGCUCUGAGCUGCCGCAUUUCGUGAUCACAUGCCUCACGAGCCAUUGUAUUUCACCGUAACAAUCAGGUGCUAUAAAACUUGAUCCCUAAAGACUAGCUCGAAGUGUUACUCUGGCCAAGUUAUAUAACAUGGUGCUGCUAGCAUGAAACCAUUGUUUUGCUGAAAGUCCAAUAGAUGAUGCCACAUCACAUGUAGAUACGGCAGCGGCCUGCACUUUUGCAAGUCUUGUUUGUAAUGAAUUGUGCACUCGUAUUUUUUUUUUUUUUUUACUUAGGUCACUAUUUCAAUUUAGGCAACCUGCUUGCUGUAACUGUGUGUGCGUGGACAGAAUAGUUAUGAUGAGCAAAUUUUUUCUUACUGUGAGGCUAAAGCCUCCUUACAAGUGUUUUAUUUCUCUUCUUAUUUAUACAUUUUAGUAUUUUUUCUCUCUUGUGUUGCCUUUUACAGCAGUCUUCUAUGAGAAUGAACUUUUAUGGCCUGCACAGAGUGCAGAUGCGUGUGAAUGCACAUUUUUUUCUGCGUACUGUAGAUGUGGCACAUCACUUCGUUUUACUUGUUUGCUAUGUCUGUUGCAGCUUUUUUUUAGCAUCUGCCUUGUGAACAUACAGUUGUGUGGGUUUUUCAGCCCCACCUUUUCGUUUAGCACAGCAUACUACAUUUUCGUGCGUAUUACCCACACCAGAAAUUCAAAAAACUUGAGUACAAAGCGGCAGUGCGACUAGUACGUGAAUUUAUCCUCAUGGUGUGGCAUUAAAGCAAUGCAAAGCUGGUUCUUACUUCAAUGCUGAGCACCAAUAAUGUCGUGAUAAGUGAGCAUUAUAAAAAUAUAUUGUUUCUGGAGCAUUGCUUUGUGUUAGUUGUUGCGAGUUGUUUUUGACGAAGAUUGAAUCAUUGUAUGCAGUUAUUUGCAGAAGUAUGUAAGCAUUCCCGACCCACUCUCCAAUCCACUCUCUCUCUCUUUUUUUUUUUUUUUUUGAUAGUUGAAGGAAUUUAUGUGUUUGUGCCAUUGCAUGCAAAGGGUGGGUUAUAUGCACGAAACUGUGGUAUAAGCCCCGCUUGUAUCUUUGCAAAGCAUGCCUGUGGUGUGCAGGGGAGAAAGAGAGAAGCUGUGUUUGUACUUUUGCGUCUGAAGCCGGUUUGUAUGUGUGCGCAAUUCUGUUACAUUAACAGAGAAGCCCUUUGUAAGUUGCGACCAGGUAGCUAUUUUUACCAGAAGCAGCGGCGUUAGUUUGCGUCACGCCAAGAGCGGGCGGAGACACCUUGACAGCUUUACCGACUUGCGUGUGCUCCCCGCUAACUUUGCGUUUCUGCGCCCGCUCGUUUCAAUUAUCAAGGAAGAAAAAGUAGAAAAGAGGAGAUGGUUUCUAACGAGCUGGCCUGCGCUCUUUUGUACAUAAACUGUGCACGUGACUUAGAGCUGUAGUGUUUGGGCGCUGCUGCGUGUGGCAGCUGACCACGACGAAGUCUUCUCUCAAGGUUGCAUCCCUUUGUUGCACUUUGUGCGACACACCUCCCCCCCCCCCCCCCUUGAUCGACUUUGACCGUGGAGGAAUCAGGCUUCUCCGUGGUCUGUUGGAGACACUUGCCGGUUAGCCAACACAUAAUCAUGGGUUGCAUGUCACGGCCUCCGAGAGCUUCUUCUUAGGGACAUAUCAUCACGUAGUGGUUUUCUCUUUCGUCGGCUCCGUACAGCGGCCGACCCAUAGCAUCCUCGACCCUUACGCACUGACAUACUUAAAGAAAACGAGGUUGUGACAUAAGUGUGUUACGCCGAGAAAGGAAUAGGAUCUUCGUUUUACUGUGUGCUCGUCAAAAGUGUGUGGUGAAAAGUCGUUGGGAGAAAACUGUGGUGCCCUAUAUAAACUCACAUGCCUUGCGGAUGCGUGCCGUACGGGAAUUCAGUGCCACUGCGUAUUUGUGCAGCUUAACACAGUGCGAGACAUGUGGCGAUUGCCAGGUUCGUGUGCAUGUGGUUAUGUCGUCGCACUACCAAUUGGUGGCCAGCAAUCUAAGAGAGUUCCUUCUGUGUCUUAUCUUUAUGUUCUUGCAUUUUUUAAUGGUCUUCAGAAGCAUCUUCCAUUGUGCAUCUUCUUUUUUUUUUUCAAUGUUAUCAUUAUUAUUUCCAUUAUUGUAACUCACAGUAGUAGUAGUGGCGCUUUUUCUGCUGCUCAUAGAACAAAUCGUGGAUUGUUUCUACAUGCUUUCUCUACAAAGCCAUUUAUUUGCCCUUAGAGUUAGUGACUUUCUAAGUUUUAGACUUUUGCUGUUUGAUCAAAUGAAUCCUUUUUAUCAGCUAGAAGUGAUUUAUUUAUAUUGCCUACUAUGUUUUCAUACUGGAAUGUUGAUUGUUAAGAUCUUUACAAACAUCCUGCAUGCCCUGAAGGUGGCAUGCGGGGGGUAACUGUCAUUGGUGUAUACUGUGCCACUUUUUUUCUUUUUCUUUGACAUCUCGGUGCAAAACUUUCAUUAAUUGAAUGGCAGCUAGAAGAAUAUGUUCUGAUUAGCCGUCAUAACAGUCACCAAAGAGGGGAGAAUAUCGCACAGAUGGCACUAUGCCCAUUCAGGAACUUUGAAAAAAGUAAAAAAUAAUCCCAGUUUUGGGAAGAACUCGCUGUGUUGAAAAAAGCCCACAGAGGCACGAUGAUACGAGCUGCUCCGAAUAACUGCGUGUUCCUCCUUGUGCCACAAGAUUGGCUCGUGUCUGUUGUAGUGUAUCCAAUAAACAUGUCCAGGGA